AUGUCGAUAUAUGAUGAAGUAGAGAUUGAGGACAUGACUUUUGAUUCCCACACUCAGCUAUUCAGCUAUCCCUGUCCAUGCGGAGAUCGGUUUCAGAUUAGUAUCGAUGAUAUGUUCGAUGGAGAAGCAAUAGCAGUGUGUCCAAGCUGUUCAUUGAUGAUUCAAGUGAUUUUUGAACGGGAGGAUCUCAUGGAAUAUUACAAAGAAGCAGGACUAGAACCCCCGGAACCUAUCGCCGUAGCCUAA